AUGGAAGGAGAAACUCAUCAAUCGGAGCCGUUACCUUUACCAUCUGCCGAUUCCGAUGAAGGACUCAGCAGCGCCGCGAUUGAACCCGAGCUCGCCGAGUUAGCUGCCGGAGGAGGAGAUUCAGUCGGCGGCGGUGGCGGAGGAGGAGUGAUUAAGAGCAAAGUGAAGGGACCUUGGUCUACGGAGGAGGACGCGGUGCUCACGAAGCUUGUGAAUAAGUUGGGCCCGAGGAAUUGGAGCUUGAUCGCUCGUGGAAUCCCUGGUCGCUCUGGUAAAUCCUGCCGAUUGCGUUGGUGUAAUCAGCUUGACCCUUGCCUCAAACGCAAACCUUUCUCUGAUGAGGAAGACCAUAUGAUAAUCUCUGCUCACGCCAUUCACGGGAACAAAUGGGCCGUGAUUGCGAAAAUGUUACCGGGAAGAACAGAUAACGCCAUCAAGAACCACUGGAACUCAACGCUGAGACGUAAAUACGCAGAUCUGUGGAAGAAUGGUCAGUGGAUGGCCAAUUCAGUCACCUCCGCUUACAUCAAGAACGAAAACGUCGACGUAACAUCUAAUCCAUUGACUCAAGGAGAAAUCAUUUCACCACCAGAAGAGCCUCCACAGCUUAAUGAAGAUGUUACAAUGGUUGAUGCAGCCAACGAACCUCAAGAACAAGAACAAGCUCCAGUAGAGUGUAACGUGUUUCGACCAGUGCCUCGUGUUGGUGCUUUCAGUGUAUACAACCCAACCAGCCAGAGAAAUGGAUACAGGGAUCAGAACGUAGUUCCAUGUGAGGGACCGUUGAUUCAAGCGGCUAAACCGGACUCGUUGGCUGGUAGAUUUCUACAGUCUCUUUACGACGAACCUCAUGUUCCUACGAAAUGUGGUCAUGGUUGCUUUACUUGUCAAGCUGAAGCCAAGUUUUCCGGGAAGUCGUCGGUGUUGGGACCGGAGUUUGUGGAUUAUGAAGAGCCGUGUGCAGUUUUCAACCAAGAUCUGAUCAAUAUUGCGACUGAUUUGAACAACAUUGCGUGGAUGAAGAGUGGCAUUGACAAUACCAUUGUCAGAGAAGCAGAACAGAGUAUGAAGAUGAAAAGUUUCAGUUUUGAUGAUCCUCGAAUGAAGUUUAAUGGAAUGUUGCCUAGACAAGAUUUCUUCUGUGCAAGAAGCUGA